AUGUCUCAAAGUCAAAAAGCAUCCAAUAGAGUUGGAACUUCAAGCAGUCAAACAAAUUCCGAAAAACCAGAACAAGAAGAUCAGAGUGUUGAAUGUUCAACAAUUGCUUCAACAACACCUUCUUCGAGUAAGAUAUUAGCAGAAGUAACAGAUGAAGAUCAUCUACUUGUUAUUGCUUUAUGGAAGAAAUGCGUACAACAAGAUGAUGAGUGGAAUUUGAAUGCCAAAACCUUAGAUUACAUUGUAGCGCCAUCACCACAUACAAGAGACGCUCUCUCAGAUUUUAUCAAAACUUGUAAUUUGGAAUGGAACAUAGAUAGGAAUUUUUUCGCUUUGACUGCUAAUAAUGCUCCAGCUAAUGGUGUUAUGAUGAGAAAUAUUAUUAGUUGGCUAGAUGGUAAGAAUUGUUUGUUGCUUGGAGGAAAAAUGUUUCACAUGAGGUGUAGCAACCACAUACUACAUUUGAUUGUAUUGUAUGUCAUGAGAGUAGCUGCUGGGUUUAUAGAGGGUAUUAGAGAUUGUGUUAAACAUGUAAAGUCUUCACAAGUUAGGAAAGAGAAGUUUCAAACAACAUUGACACAAUGUAGAUUGUCUGGAAAGUCAGUUAGUUUAGACGUAGACAUAACAUGGAAUUCCACUUUUUUGAUGCUUAAGAAUGCCAUUGCACUUCAAAAGGGUUUUGAAAGACUUAAUGAGUUUGAUUCUGAUUUCGAUAUUUUGUCAUCCAGACAGAAAGAAAAGUUUAAUGUAUACUGGAGUGAAAGUAAUUUGAUUAUGAGCAUUGGAGUGGUUUUAGAUCCAAGGUAUAAGGCAAAAUGGGUAAGGUACACAUAUAAGAGAAUAUUCGGAGAUGAUGGAUCUGCAGAACUGCAUGAGAAAUUCAGAACAGACUUGACCAAAGUUUUCAAUGCAUAUGAGUCUCAAAACAACACUUCAACUCCUGCUUUCUUUAGCAACUCUGUCUCUCGUAUGGAUGUAAGAAGCUCAGGUGCAACUAAACCAGAUUAUGCUAAUUUUAUGUUGGAAAAUGAUGAAUAUAAUGUUCAGAAAUCUGAGUUAGAGUUGUACUUAGAAGAACCAAUUCUUCCAACUCUGACACCUCAAGAUGAGUUCAAUUUUGAUAUAUUCAGUUGGUGGAAGCUAAGUGACCCUAAGUACCCAAUUCUCUCAAAGAUAACAGGGGAUGUGAAAAAACGGGGUUAUUUUAAAGUGAACAAAGAAGCUCUCGUUAAGAUGUCACCUGGGGAUAAUGUUGCUGCCAAAUAG